UUCACGGAGAGGGCUUUAAACUGCAAGUAAUUCAUUUCUCUCAAAAAUUCGGUGAGCGCUGAUAAUUUGCCAACAUGUCGCUAAGCAGGGCGAGUUUCACUGUGCGCAGUAUUUUAAAUUUACCUGAUCAGCAUGAAAUUGACCGUCUAGAUCAAUGGGAUCAAGGAAGUGGCAAAGCAAUACAAUCGACUGCCAUUAAGAAAGAAUCAGGCCAAACCUCACACCAUAACUUUUCGAAACUAUCAUUUUCGGCGUGGCUUGGCUCUGACAAGAUUUCCUCUGAUGACAGCAGCACGGAUACAGCUCCCGCAGAUUGUCAUCAAAGAAAAGGCUGUUCAUCCAUCACGAGGAAUGAGAAGAAGAAAAAACGGCGAGUCCUGUUCUCCAAAGCGCAAACCUUUGAGUUAGAACGAAGGUUCCAACAACAGCGUUACCUAUCCGCCCCUGAACGCGAACACUUCGCUCACCUUUUGAGCCUUACCCCGACUCAGGUGAAGAUCUGGUUCCAAAACCACAGGUAUAAAAUGAAGCGAGCCCGUGUGGAUAGCAGCCUGCAGAUAGAUAUGAGCCAGCCGCAACUGUUCCGCAGAGUGGCAGUGCCAGUGCUGGUCAGAGAUGGCAAACCCUGUCAUUCUUGCUCCAUUGCCUCCGUACAAAUCCAGGACAAGCCCGGCGACACUGUUCAACCCAAUCAUUCCUACACUGCGUUCACAGUCCAUGGUUUCCAACAGGUACAGCACACUGGACCAUUUGGCGUCUUUCCCAGCUAUCAUCACUUAACACAUCCUGGAAUACGGAGACAACAGUGGAGUUGGUGAAACAUGGACAUUCUAAACUAAAGUUAAUUACUGUUGUUACUCCAUGUAUCAAAUAAUUGCUUAAUAUAGUUCAGUGGGUUUAUGAAUGGUCGAAUUUCCCGUUGUAAUUGUAUCUUUUGGUAUUUUCUGCACAAAAGCAUUUCAAGGUCCUUUUCCAGAUUUUUCUUUUGACCACUUUUGAAAUGUAACCGAUAUCUCCUUAUCGUGCAUAACCCGUCCUCCAAACGCAAUGUAGCUGGUUCAUAAAUUCUUGAAUGUGAGAUAGAAAAAUCUAAACUAUUCCUCUUCAAGCAUAGAAAAUGUCAACAGAGCAGUCUCUCGUGCUCUAUACGUUGUAGUUUCUUGCUUGAGAAAAUAAAAUGACAGUAAGUAGUCACAGAUUGAUUUGCUACAUAUUGUGUCUGGGGAAAAUGAUGCAAACGGAUCCUCAAAACCUUGGCUUUAAAGUAUUAGAUAUAAUAGCAAUUGUCUUUUUACCAUAUUCAUUCCCAAUAAAUGUCAAUGCUGAUAUUUCUACUUACUCAACGCAAUUAGCGACAACUCACUACGUUGCUCCGGCAAAGUGCAUGAAUGGAUUAGUUGCACCAUGUCCUCUGUUGGAAACUAAUGCGAAACAUUUUUUUUGAGAUUUGACCUGAAUACUUUCAAUUGUCUUGUUAGAAUUGGUCCUAAUUUUAAUAUUGAAUGAUUCGAACGCAUUCAUUAGGCAAAUUUUGUGAGAUAAAUGUGUUCGACCUAAAUUCUCUUCGCCAGAGUGACGUUCAUUUUUAAAAUUGCGUAACAGUUGUCCAUCUGGAAGUGAAAGCAAUUCUUUCCUUAUGAUUUUUUAUUUAAUUAUAUUACAAAGUUAACUUUCUCCUUUAAAUCAAGCUUGUGCAAGCACGUUUACGGGGUGGGGGAGUGCCAUGUAUGCCAACCGCUAUAUUGGCGAAUGGAAAUGUAAUCUCCUAAUUUUCAUGCAUGGUUUAAAUUGUUGGAUUAUAUACAACAAAGUUAUCUUUACUCUUUUUUAAAAGGAGAAUAAGCAAAUUCUUCUCUGAACUUAAACAGAUUUAACCCUUCACAUUACUUAUU